AUGGCGGCCGUGGCUGCGCUUGCAGCCGGGGCGGCCUUCGUUGCAGCGCCUGCAAGAGCGCCCGUGGUGCCCAACAAGCCGGCCACGUUGGGAAUGCCAGGAUCUGCAGCAGAACCUGCUGGAUGGGGCCUGGCGGCAGCAGGCUUGGCGCUUGGUGCACAUGUGGGCUUGGCAGCCGCCUGGAGGGCUCGAGCUUCCACAGCAGCCAGAGCAGAAAGUGAGGGCGGAAAGAAGUACGUGGAGACCGUAUCGGAUGAGAGGCUGUUCGAGCAGGUCUACCUGCAGUACACGUCGGAGUACCUCAAAGGACCCCUCUACUGGCACCCCGACAAGCUGGCUGGCUGCCGGACUACCCGGGCACGCCAAUGA